GUUGCUUGUUUGAGCCAGCCCCGCCUCCCGCCUUCCGCUCUCCUGGGUAGAAGCUGUCCGGUUAUUUUCAGCGUUUCACACUUCUGGUUGAUCCUCCGUGGGCUUGCGAUGCCGCGUGGAAGCCGAAGCCGCACUUCCCGCAUGGCCCCUCCGGCCAGCCGGGCACCUCAAAUGAGAGCUGCCCCCAGACCAGCAGCUCAGCCGCCUGUAGUGGCCCCACCAUCUGCAGUCGGCUCUCCUGCUACUGCACCGCGGCAGCCAGGUCUGAUGGCCCAGAUGGCAACCACCGCAGCUGGUGUGGCUGUGGGCUCUGCUGUGGGACACACACUGGGGCAUGCCAUCACUGGGGGCUUCAGUGGAGGAAGUAACGCUGAGCCCUCCAGGCCUGACAUCACCUACCAGGAGCCUCAGGGAACCCAGCCAGCAUAUGAUCAGCAGCAGCAGUUUGGACCUUGCCACUAUGAGAUAAAACAGUUUUUGGAGUGUGCCCAGAACCAGAGUGACAUUAAGCUCUGUGAGGGUUUCAGUGAAGUGCUGAAACAGUGCAGAUUUGCAAAUGGAUUAUCCUAAUCAAGUUGCUCAUACUGAAGAAAUAAAGAAGUCGAUUCUCAUGACCAAGUUAAUUUAGUGUGAACAAAUAAUUGACAGUGAAAUUAUAAAGUGUAAAAUCGUCAGUUAAACCUCUGCUGUUAUCAGUAGCUUCCUUUAGAAUUACAAUGAAAGAGGAUAUUAUUCUGUGAGGAAGUUCAUUGAAAUGAUGUAGAAUCUGGGGCUGGGCAGAUACUGUGUAACCUUAAACCAGUUGUUGGAGUUGUUUAAUGAGUUAAUUAGAAUAAAGCAAUUUUCUUGGAA